CAGGACCAUAUCAAGACAAGAAGCCCUCAGAAGAGUUCUGAAACAACAUCCAACUGAACUCCUGUGUGUGUCAGGGACUAGGCUACCGCCCCGUGAACCCUGAUCACCAGACUACUAGCUGAGGGUCUCUUGUCACUAAACAUUUGCUGCUUCCCUCACUUCUCCUCACUUUCAGCUCUCCCAGUUCUCUGAACUUUGACCUCAGGCCUCUAGACUCACCGUUCAUUGAACUUUGACCUCAGGCCUCGAGACUCACGUUCUCUGAACUUCGACCUCAGGCCUCUAGACUCCCCGUUCUCUGAACUCCGACCUCAGGCCUCUAGACUCCCCAUUUCUCUCCCUUAUUCUCCACUCCUGUCUGGUCAUGGCUCCGUCCCUGGCCACAGCAUUUGCCAGGCGGUGGUGGAUGGCGGUGACAGCCAUCAUAGAAAACCUGCUGUUCUCAGCUGUCCUGCUGGGCUGGGGAUCACUACUCAUCAUGCUCAAGUCUGAAGGCUACUACUCCUACAUGUGCAAUGGAGAAGGUAACCACACCUCCUCCUCCAACCUGUCUGUCCCCCUCCCCCCACCAGAGGGCGAUGAUGACUACAGUGAUUACUACUCUGAGGCAGAGGGUGUGGUGGGGUUAGGGGAUGGGGUAGAGAUGAGGCCCCUGGCCCCCCAGGACCCCAAUGGCCCUAUGAGGAUGAACGGCUGGCUCAUCUGUAAGGACCAGGAUGAGAUGUUGAACCUGGCCUUCACCGUGGGAUCAUUCCUUCUAUCAGCCAUCACUCUGCCGCUGGGCAUCGUCAUGGACAAAUACGGACCGCGCAACCUACGACUGCUGGGCAGUGCCUGUUUCUCCUUCUCUUGUCUUCUCAUCGCCUACGGAGCAUACAGCCCUGAUGAGCUGUCAAUCCUGAUCUUCAUCGCGCUGACAUUUAACGGCUUCGGAGGAAUGUGCAUGACCUUCACCUCCCUCACGCUCCCUAACAUGUUUGGUGAUUUGCGUUCUACAUUCAUUGCUCUGAUGAUUGGUUCCUAUGCCUCCUCUGCUGUCACCUUCCCUGGAGUCAAGGUGAUCUAUGACCUUGGUGUGACCUUCAUCACCAUCAUGGUUGUCUGGGCAGCGUGUUCCGGCCUCGUCUUCUUCAACUGCUUCUUCAACUGGCCCCUGGAACCUUUCCCUGGCCCCGAGGACAUGGACUAUAGUGUGAAGGUAAAGUUCAGUUGGCUGGGUUUUGACCAUAAGAUCACAGGGAAGCAGUUCUACCAUCAGGUGACCACGGUGGGGAAGCGUCUGAGUGUGAGCAACAGUCUGAAGCAGAGAGAGCUGGCCACUAAGGAAGGACACAAACUCUGUCUCUCAACCAUGGACCUGGAGGUCAGCAAAAGACCCAAUGAGGAAUCCCAGUCGUUCAUGCAGAGCAUCAUCAGCCCUCUCUUCAUCCUCUCUCUGGUCACCAUGUCCAUCACUCAGCUCCGUCUCAUCUUCUACAUGGGAGCCAUGAACAACAUCCUGGAGGCCCUCAGCGAUGGAGACCUCAACACUGUGGAGAGAAUGGAAGUUGUCAGUUUGUACUCCUCUAUCUUCGGCAUGCUGCAGCUACUAUGUCUGAUGACGACUCCAGUGAUUGGUCAGAUUAUGGACUGGAAGCUGAAGGACUGCGAAGAUGCAGAGGGGGAGGAGGAACCGUGUAGCAAGGACCAGCUCAAGACCAAGCCCAGAGACAGACAGAUCCAGAAGGUGACCAAUGCAAUGCGAGCGUUCAUCCUGACCAAUGUCCUAUUGGUGGGAUUCGGCAUCACCUGCCUGGUGCCCAACCUCCCACUGCAGAUCCUGUCAUUUGUCCUCCAUACUGUUGUGAGAGGCUUCAUCCACUCUGCAACCGGAGGUCUCUACGCUGCUGUGUACCCAUCGUCUCAGUUUGGCAGUCUGACGGGGAUGCAGUCUCUGGUGUCUGCUCUGUUUGCUCUGUUCCAGCAGCCGCUCUUCAUGGCCAUGAUGGGCCCUCUGAAGGGAGACCCACUCUGGGUGAAUGUAGGCCUAUUGGGGGUCAGUAUGCUGGGCUUCCUGCUGCCUCUAUACCUGGUGUGUUUCAGACGCACACUGCACCGCCAGCUACAGGACAGAGACCAGGACUCGAAGAUAUACCUCAAGAUCAACGGGUCCAGCAAACCUGAAGCUUUCGUCUAGAAAAGGGAGAGAGUGAGGAAGGUGGGAGGAGAUGGGAGGGAGAAGAGGGGAGAAGAGUGUUGCUCUACGUUGAAUCUGCAGAGGACACACACAUACACACAGAUAUCUACACACGCCCACACACACACACACAUACACACAGAUAUCUACACACGCCCACACACACACUUUUGAAGAGACCCAUGUAAGAACUUCUCCUCUUGUCAUGAAAACAUACUACCUUGGACAGACACUAAGGACUGAAUAAGAGCAAGAACAAGAGAGAGGGGAGAGACUGUGAAAGGAAAGGGUCAUCAGCCCCCCCACUUCUUCUUCUCCUCUCCUCUCAUGUUCUCCUCUGUUCACCUCUCAUGUUCUCCUCUCAGUUCUCUUCUCAGUUCUCCUCUCUUCUCCCCCCUUCUCCCCUCUUCUCUUCACAUACAGUGCUCACUACCCCCCUCCCUCCCCUUUCUAGCUCUGAAAUGACAUCCUAUGCCUGGAUGUCCCACCUAGCUAUCUUAAGAUGGAUGCACUACUGAGUUUGUAGAUGAUGCUCUGGGAGGAGUUCAGGGUUGGUAACCAUGGUGACAGACAGGAUGGGUGGUGUUCUACAGUUGAUAGCCAUGUUGAAGGACAGUGGGAGGUGUUCUACAGUGGGUAACCAUGGUGACAGACAGUUGGAAGUGUUUUAGGGUUGGUAACCAUGGUGACAGACAGGGUGGGAGGUGAUCUACAGUUGAUAACCAUGUUGAAGGACAGUGGGAGGUGUUCUAGGUUUAAGGACCAUGGUGACAGACAGGAUGGGAGGUGUUCUACAGUUGGUAACCAUGGUGACAGACAGGGUGGGGGGUGUUCUACAGUUGGUAACCAUGGUGACAGACAAUCGGGGUGUCUCUAGCGCCAGGCGACCCACCAUUACGCACACCUGUCACCAUCAUUGCGUUCAUUUGCGCAAUAUUGGACUCACCUGGACUCCAUUACUUUGCCCCUCUAUAUCUGUCUGCUCCUCAGUUUGUUCCCCGUGUCAGCAUUAUUGUUACUAUGUUUUUCCCUGUCCAGACGCUGUCCUUGUUUGUUUCUUGUCUGUUAUCCAUUAAAUGUUCACUCGCUGUACUUGC